AUGAUAGGCAAUUGUUCAAAAUAUUUUUCAAAUGCCAAUGAACUCACCAUUUCCGAUCAACGUACAGAUCGUGCUAAACGAUCUGCAAUUAUUAGUAUAGAUCACAUUCUUCCCUUGAUACAACUUACUAAACUAACGAUUGAUUAUAGUCAUCGUCCUUUUAGUAAAGUGAUCGAUUUGUUAUAUUCGACACAUAAUGUUCAUACAUUAGUGGUCAAAUGUGUAUCACUCGUUGCAACGGAUUAUUCUCCAUUACAACAAAGUGAAAAAUUUCGAUUGGUAUCAAACCAUAAUAAAAUAAAAAAUGUCACUAUUUUGUUUGAUUAUUCAUUACGCAAUAUUCAACUAUUGAUGAAUCUCUGUUCUAAAGUACGACAAAUUUCUUUUGGCACUUCUGAGAGUUAUCUUGAAUCAACUAUGCAAUUUUUAAUGUCAGCAACUAAGAGAACUAAUUGUUAUUUAUCUUCAAUAUGUAUUUUUGGUGUGAAUACAACUAUUAAUGAAAAACUGAAAACUCUAAUUGAAUCCGAAAAACUUAUUAAUGAUUAUUCAAUAAAAGCCGGCGGCCAGACAUUUGAUCUUUGGUGGUGA